UGGGGUUCUCAAAUAACGGAAGACCACAACUUCGAGGAACCUGUGCAGGAUCCAGCAUCUAAUUCACUUUCCCCACCACCACGAGUUAAAAAACGGCAUUCUUCAGGAGAUCUUGGUAUUAUUCAUCGCGAAAAAUCGGAGCUCAUCGAUACCAAGCUUCACUCAACAGAUGAGCCACCACAAAGACAAACCACUGUCAGCGUGGUUGUUGAUGAUAGCAUUGACUUCAUAACGGCUGGCAUUGAGGCCAUUAUUGAGGAUCAAGUGACUAGCCGUUUUAUACAAGAUUCUUUGAGUCGUGCUGAGCACCAUAUCUGGUUUGAAAGGAGCGAGGCUGGAGAUAGGAAAAAAGUAACUCAAAGAUUGAGGGAACAUGUGGAAGAUGAGAACAAGUUGCCCAUCAUUAUUUUCCCAGAAGGAACAUGCAUUAACAACACAUCUGUCAUGAUGUUCAAAAAAGGGUCUUUUGAGAUUGGUAGCACAAUCUAUCCAAUAGCUAUGAAGUACGACAGUCGACUGACGGAUGCAUUUUGGAAUAGCAGCGAGCAAUCCUACGGCGAGUACUUAUGGAGAAUGAUGACCUCAUGGGCAAUCAUCUGUGACGUGUGGUAUCUGCCACCAAUGACCAGAGAGCCGGGUGAAGAUGCCAUAGCCUUUGCCAGAAGAGUCAAAAAGGCAAUUGCUAAAAAAGGAGGGCUUGUGGACUUGGAGUGGGACGGAGCUUUGAAAAGAGAGCGGGUUUCUUCAAAAUUGAUUCAACUGCAACAGAAGCUUUAUUUUGAUCGGCUAGCUAGAACAACAACGAUUAAUAAUAUUAUUGACGAAGAAGUGCGAACAGACGUUCUUGACAUCAUGCAAUCUAUAAGCGAAGAAGAUCGCAAUGCCUUGAUGAAAGAACUAGAUGAGACUGACGAUGACGAAUCCAUCAUUCGAAAGGUAAGCGCCUAUCGGCCAGACCUUCGAAGUAUCUCCGAUACGCUUGGAGCAACGGUCGAAGCAGAUUCAAAGACUAUAUGA